AUGAAUGACCUGAUUGCUCCAAUAAAUGAGUUUCGCUCCGAGAAGUGUGUCAUGCAGGCGAUUGUGUGUGAGCUGUUCUCUCGGAGACGCAUGCUGAAUGUAGCUGCAAAUGUGGCAGGAAGCCAUGGACCUCGAGGGUGGGCAGCCUCAUAUCCAGAAUGUGCUGCGAAGAACCAAUCACCUGUGGACAUCGCAGAUGAACAAGCUCUGGUUUCAGAGGAGUACCAAGAGCUUGUGCUCGACAAGUUCAACACGGAGUCCUCCAACCACACCACCAUGAAAAACACAGGAAAGACAGUUGCUGUUCUCCUGAAGGAUGACUACUUUGUGAGAGGUGCUGGACUGCCAGGCCGCUUUAAGGCUGAGAAGAUGGAGUUUCACUGGGGCCAGAGUAAUGGAUCAGCAGGCUCAGAACACAGCAUAAGUGGCAGAAGGUUCCCUGUAGAGAUGCAGAUCUACCUUUACAAUUCAGAUGACUUUGACAGCCUCAGUGCUGCCAUCAGGGAAAGACGCAUCAUCGCUGCCAUGGCCGUCUUCUUUGAGCUGGGCCAAAAAGACAAUCCAGCUGCCGACCCCAUCAUCCAGGGACUGAAAGGAGUAGUGCAUCAUGAAAAGGAGACCAACCUCAGGUCUUUCAUCCUGAGGGAUCUGUUGCCGUCAUCAGUGGACAGUUAUUACCGAUACACCGGUUCCCUGACCACGCCGCCCUGCAGCAAGGUAGUGGAGUGGAUCAUCUUCUCCAGGCCGGUGUAUCUGUCCCACUCGCAGCUGGAGGCCUUUUACUCCAUCUUUACAACGGAGCAACAGGACCAUGUCAAGUCUGUAGAGUACCUAAGGAACAACUUCCGGCCCCUGCAAGACCUGGACAAUAGGAAAGUCUUUAAAUCGGCUGUGAAAGAUGCAUGGCAGAAGGAUUUGACUGAGAUCCUGCGAAACCCUCACAGCACUGAAGCUUCAAGAGUGUGCAGCAGUGCCCCAGUGAGCAUGAAGAUCCAGCCGCUGAACCAGACGGCAUUGAUGGUGAGCUGGGAACGCCCUCUGACCGUCUACCACCCUCCAAUCACCAGUUACAUGGUCUCCUACAGCUGGGUGAAACGUGAUGUUGCAGAUGAAAAUACCUUCACCAAGACCGGGGACCAGAGCAUGAAAGCAGUCAUCACUAAUGUGUCCCCUGACAUCCUGUACCUGUUCAGAGUGCAGGCAGUAUGUCAACAUGACCUGCGCAGUGAUUUCAGCCAAACACUGCUGUUCAGAGCUAAUACAACAAGAAUAUUUGAAGGGUCUCGUAUUGUGAAGACCGGGAUGCCCACGAUUUCUCCAGCAUCCCCGGCAGACAUGGCUCCAAUAAGCUCUGGUUCCUCCACUUGGACGUCAUCUGGCAUCCACUUCUCCAUCGUCUCCAUGGCAACGGGGAUGGGCCCCUCCUCUAGUGGAAGCCAGGCCACAGUGGCAUCAGUAGUGACAAGCUCCCUGCUGGCUGGCUUGGGCGUUGGCGGAGGGGUCAUUUCUUCUUUGCCCAGUUCUGUCUGGCCUACACAUGCUCCACAAGCCACUCAGAACCCCACCCGUCCCUCCGCUGCGCCUGAAAAGUCCAGCACUGAGCAGGCAGCACCCCAGGGCUCAGAGACAGACUCUCCGUCUGAGGAGAACCAGCCUGCACGUAAAGGUGAGGAAGGGGAAGAUGAGGGCGAGGGAGAGGGGGAGCCAGAGGACGACGAGGAUGAGAAGAAGAGAAAGAACAAGGCUACACCUGAUAAUGAGGAAAAGCAAGUGAACCACACUGUGGCCAAAGAGCCUUUAGUACCCACCCCCGCAUCCACAGCCAAAGAGAAAGGGGAAGGGAGGCCUACAGUCAAAGGCACCACAAUACCUGCAAGCACCAGUGAUGAGCAGUUGGUCAACGUAGAGAAGAAUCCCACAGAUGUAAAUACAGUCUCCACUCAGGAGCCUCGUAAUGUCAGUGCUGAGAUGCAGAUUCCCCAGAGCUCCACACUGUCUCCGAAGAGCGGGAGUGAUGGAAGGAGUCUCUGGCCUUUCUCUGUCCACACUGACAGGACCACUUUAUCCAACGUUACCCGAAGUCCUCCUCCGGGGAUGGGCAGGAUGGUGUGGAUUGUCCCCUUAGUGGUGGUGUCUGCUCUCACUCUGCUUUGCCUCAUAAUGCUGCUGAUUGUGAUGGUCUACUGGAGGAGAUUUUUCCAGACAGCUCACUUCUAUGUGGAGGAGAGCAGUUCUCCACGGGUGGUGGCCAAUGAGAAUAUUCCAGUCAUCCCUAUACCAGAUGACAUGGAGGCCAUCCCUGUGAAGCAGUUUGUUAAACACAUCAUGGAGCUCUACAAGAACACCCUACAAGGUUUCGCUGAAGAAUUUGAGGAGGUCCAACGCUCGACAGCAGACCUGAAAAUUACAGCAGAGCAUUCCAAUCAUCCUGACAACAAGCACAAAAACCGAUACAUCAACAUUGUGGCCUAUGACCACAGCAGGGUGAAAUUACGAGCCCUGGCGGGGAAAGAUGCCAAACAUUCAGAUUACAUCAACGCCAACUAUGUGGAUGGAUACAACCGUCCCAGAGCGUAUAUAGCUGCUCAGGGUCCUCUCAAGUCUACAUUUGAGGAUUUUUGGAGGAUGGUAUGGGAGCAGAACACUGGAAUCAUCGUCAUGAUCACAAACCUGGUGGAGAAAGGGAGAAGGAAAUGUGACCAGUACUGGCCGACAGAAAACAGUGAGCAGUAUGGAAACAUUGUGGUGACGCUGAAAAGCACCAAAGUGCACGCCUGCUACACACUGCGGCGUUUCCUUAUAAGGAACACUAAAGUUAAAAAGGGCCAAAAGGGGAAUCCAAAAGGGAAGCUAAAUGAACGUAUUGUGGUCCAGUAUCACUACACUCAGUGGCCUGACAUGGGAGUACCAGAGUACACCCUCCCUGUGCUCACCUUCAUCAACCGCUCAUCAGCGGCUCGCACUGCAGACAUGGGCCCUGUCCUGGUUCACUGCAGUGCAGGGGUUGGGCGCACAGGAACGUACAUUGUCAUUGACAGCAUGCUGCAACAGAUCAAGGACAAAAGCACAGUCAGUGUCCUGGAUUUUCUCAAACAUAUCCGCACACAACGCAACUACCUAGUCCAGACUGAGGAGCAGUAUGUUUUCAUCCACGAUGCUCUGAUGGAGGCCAUCCUGAGCAGAGAGACAGAGGUGCCUGCCUGGCAGCUCCACAGUUAUGUCAACAGCAUUCUCAUGCCCAACUCGACAGGCCGCACACGGCUGGAGAAGCAGUUCAGGCUGCUGACUCAGUGCAACACGCGCUUUGUGGAGUGCUUUAGCGCCCACAAAGACUGCAACAAGGAGAAGAACCGCAAUUCCUCAGUGGUUCCCUCGGAGCGAGCAAGGGUCGGACUCACCACUCUGCCUGGAAUGAAAGGAACAGAUUACAUUAAUGCAUCCUACAUAAUGGGUUACUACAGGAGUAACGAGUUCAUCAUUACCCAGCAUCCCUUACCCCACACUACCACAGACUUCUGGAGGAUGAUUUGGGAUCAUAAUGCUCAGAUUAUUGUCAUGUUGCCUGACAACCAGGGACUGGCUGAGGAUGAAUUUGUUUACUGGCCGAGUCGGGAAGAGGCCAUGAACUGCAUCGCCUUCACUGUCACACUCAUCAGUAAGGACAGACUGUGCCUCUCCAACGAGGAGCAGAUCAUCAUCCAUGACUUCAUCUUAGAGGCCACACAGGACGACUACGUUCUGGAGGUGAGACAUUUUCAGUGCCCUAAAUGGCCGAACCCUGACGCCCCUCUCAGCAGCACCUUCGAGCUCAUCAGUGUCAUCAAGGAGGAGGCCAUGACCCGUGAUGGUCCCACCAUCGUGCACGAUGAGUAUGGAGCAGUGUCAGCAGGAAUGCUCUGCGCCCUCACCACACUGUCCCAGCAGCUGGAAAAUGAGGGAUGUGUCGACAUCUAUCAGGUGGCUAAGAUGAUCAAUCUCAUGAGGCCGGGAGUCUUCACUGAUAUAGAGGAGUACCAGUACCUUUACAAAGCCAUGCUCAGCCUGGUCGGUAACAGAGAGUGUGGCCUGAGCCCCAUGCACAUGGACACUAAUGGAGUGGUGGUGAUUGCAGAUGAGUCGGACCCUGCAGAGAGCUUGGAGUCGCUCGUCUGAGGACAUUCUUACGGGCACUUAAUUUGUAAAAAUCUGAGAACUUUUCUGAGGCCUUUUUUGCCAGACUAUUGAUUAAAUGAAUAACCUUAUUACUUUUUAUACUGAUAAAUGUUUUUUGAUAUUUAUGUUUUUGCCCUUUAUUUCUUGUCUUAAAUGUUAUCCUGCUGAGCGUUUGCACCUGUUUAAGUUGACGUGAGGAAAAAGCAGCUCUGUCCAGUUUGCACUAUACUAUCAGUGUUACUGCCUAAAUCCAGCGAGUUAAAUCCUGGCUACAUGACGAAACUGGGAUCUUUGGACCGCAAUGAGACGAACCUGAAGCAUGAAGACCAGGAGAGUUAAGGCGAUCCACCUACAAUAAUGUCUCAAAGAUGAACAUCGCAUCACAACGUAGCCCAGCAUGCAUUAUGUCACUUUGUCACCUCGAUCAAACUAACUGUUUUCAGGCUUCGCUCCACAUGCGUGAAGCUCUUUAUCACACGUGAAGAGACUCUUACCUGCCUAAUAUUCAUAUAUUGUCCAAAUAUCUCACUGCUGUCUUGUAUAAUGUACUUAUGGCUUAUUUUGUUAAAGUGUGUUACAACAUCUAAUGUGAACAUUUAUUGCUUUUUACAGGGAUUUAUAUUGUUAUAUUGUUUUGUAAUAUAUAUAUAUAUAUAUUAUAUCCUUAAUAG